GUGCUGGGUGUGUCAAGAGGAGGAGGAUCUAAAUAAAUUCAGCAUCCAGGAGAGGAAGUCCACUUCAGAUAAAGAAGAACCAGAACCUCUGCAGAUAAAACAGGAGCAAGAGGAACCAGAACCUCUGCAGAUGAAACUGGAUCAAGAGGAACCAGAACCUCUGCAGAUAAAACAGGAACAAGAGGAACCAGAACAUCAAGAGUUGAAAGAGGAAGAGAAGCAACUCUGCAUCAGUCAGGAUGAAGAGCAUCUGGUGCUGAAACUGGAGACUGACGACAUUUUGGUGAAUCCUCUAAAUGUGCAAAGAAUCUACAAUGAAACAGAACCACAGAGGAACCAACUCAUCUCUCAUGGCUCUGCUGAGGAUGAGAACCAGGAUCAGGAAGGAAGCAAUUCUGAAGAUCCAGGAAAACAGAAAGACGAAAAACAAAAACACAACAAAAGAUGCCAGAAAGAUCUCUCACAAUGCAGUGAAGAGGAGGAGGUUCUCAAUGAAACAGAAGCACAGAGGAAGCAACUCAUCCCUCAUGGCUCUGCAGAAACUGAGAACCAGGAUCAGGAAGGAAGCAAUUCUGAAGACCCAGGAAAAAAGAGAAAGGAAGAACAGAAACAAAAAAAGCACAAGACAGCUCACAGAGUGCAAAAAUCAUAUACUUGUAAAGUUUGUGAUAAAACUUUUUCUCUAAACGGUAACUUGAACAGACACAUGAUAACUCACACAGGAGUAAAACCUUUCACUUGUUCAACCUGUGGGAAAAGUUACAGACAAAAGGAUGGUUUAAUGUAUCACAUGAGAAUUCACACAGGUGAGAAGCCUUUCUCUUGUGGAACCUGUGGAAAAAGUUUCUUCAUAAAAAGUGAUUUAAAUGUUCAUAUGAGAAUUCACACAGGUGAGAAGCCUUUCUCUUGUGGAACCUGUGGAAAAAGUUUCUUCAUAAAAAGUUCUUUAAAUGUUCAUAUGAGAAUUCACACAGGUGAGAAGCCUUUCACCUGUGGGACUUGUGGAAAGAGUUACCGUUACAAACGGACUUUGUCUAAUCACAUGACAAUUCACACAGGAGAGAAGCCUUUCUCAUGUGGAACUUGUGGAAAAAGCUUCUGUCAAAAAAAUCAUUUAAACGUUCACAUGAGAAUUCACACAGAUGAGAAGCCUUUCUCAUGUGGAACCUGUGGAAAAAGUUUCUGUCAAAAAAAUCAAUUAAAUGUUCACAUGAGAAUUCACACAGGUGAGAAGCCUUUCUCUUGUGGAACCUGUGGAAAAAGUUUCUUCAUAAAAAGUGAUUUAAAUGUUCAUAUGAGAAUUCACACUGGUGAGAAGCCUUUCUCUUGUGGAACCUGUGGAAAAAGCUUCUGUCAAAAAAUUCAUUUAAACGUUCACAUGAGAAUUCACACAGAUGAGAAGCCUUUUUCAUGUGGAACCUGUGGAAAACGUUUCUUCAUAAAAAGUGAUUUAAAUGUUCAUAUGAGAAUUCACAAAGGUGAGAAGCCUUUCUCAUGUGGAACUUGUGGAAAAAGUUUCUCCAUAAACAGGGAUUUAAAUGUUCAUAUGAGAAUACACACAGGUGAGAAGCCUUUCUCAUGUGGAACUUGUGGAAAAAGUUUCUUCAAAAAGAUUCUUUAAAUGUUCAUAUGAGAAUUCACAAAGGUGAGAAGCCUUUCUCAUGUGGAACCUGUGGAAAAAGUUUCUUCAUAAAAUGUCAAUUAAAUGUUCAUAUGAGAAUUCACACA